CAAAGUGCGGCUGCUCACCGGGUAAAACUCAACGGGGCACAACAGCCAUGCCCAAGUACUGCAGGGCUCCAAACUGCUCCAACACUGCGGGCCGACUGGGUGCGGACAACCGCCCUGUGAGCUUCUACAAGUUCCCACUGAAGGACGGUCCCCGGCUGCAGGCCUGGCUGCGGCACAUGGGCCGUGAGCACUGGGUGCCCACCUGCCACCAGCACUUGUGCAGUGACCACUUCACGCCGUCCUGCUUCCAGUGGCGCUGGGGCGUGCGCUACCUGCGGCCGGAUGCAGUGCCCUCCAUCUUUUCCCGGGCGCCACCUGCUAAGAGCCAGUGGAGUAACCGAAGCACUGAGAAGCCGCUAGUGCCUCUGCCUGCUCCUCGGCAGGAGGCUACACCCCUGACCCAGGGCCCCAGCAUCCCGGCGUCUGGCCCAGUGCACCUAGUGGUGCUGGGGCCCGCACCUGGGGGCCCUGAGGCUGCAGCCACUGUGCUCCUGACUCCCCUGCCCCUUCCAUCUGCUCUUGUGGGGCCGCGGCCUGGACUUUCUGCCCAGCACACCUGGGCCGGGCUGGGUGCGGCACUGGGAGCAUUGCAGCGGCGGGUGCGGAGGCUGCAGCGGCGUCAGGAGCGGCACCAGGCGCAGCUGCUGGCUCUGGAGCAGCUGGCGCAGCAGCUGAGCAGGGAGAGCCUGCUAGCGCGGGCGUGCCGGGGCCUGCAGCGCCUGCUCCCUGGACCUGAGGAAUCUCAAACGUUCACCAUCAUCUGUGAAGGGCUUGACAUGGCUGUGGUCCUUGCCCAAGGUCCAGCAUCUCCGACAUUGGAUGCCAAGUCUGAGUUCCUGGGCACUCAGACCCCCAGUGCAUGAGGAUCAGCACAGACAAUGUCAU